AUGUCAGUUUGGGAAGAAGGAAGUUGGGAGUUUCCGAUGAUUUGUUCACUUCCAUUACUAAAAUCUACAACCAACACACCAUUGGAUCAUCAAGAGGCGGCACUAUCAGAUCAUGAGAUCAAUAACAGUAACACUAGUUGUUCAGCCAACGAUUCAAACAUUUCAAAAUUAAAUUCAAAAUAUUCGUUUGGUAAUUUCAUAUUGAAACGAUCUGUAUCAAAUGGCAACUUGGAUUAUCCAAGAGUCAUGUUUUAUCCUCCAUCUUCAUUGUGGUACAAAAAUCGAUUUACAUAUUUUGAAAUCAUGCUGCAUGAACCAUGCCGAGAUAUUGCAGCACAGCAAGAACCUUCUUCUUCAAAUGCACUUCUCCAGAUUGCAAUUGGCUUUUCAAAACGUAAAAACUUUUUUGGAGUUUUAGGUUGGACAGAAGAUACUAUUGGAUUUCAUUUCGAUAAUGGCCGAGUGUACGACCAUGUACAAAUCACGAGUUCAAUCAAAGAUCAGGUUUAUAUAUGUGAUGUUGCUUUUGGCCAAGUGUACGGAUGUCUAUUGGAUCAUGAAAUUGGAGAAUUUCAUAUCACAAGAAAUGGAGUGUUAUUAAGAAACUCAAAAGGAAAUCGAUUUGUGAGAAAAAGUUUUUGUGAACGAGAGAAUGCAUUUCUCCCAACCAUUUCAUGCUUUGAUGUGGACGUAGAAUUGGAAGUUAAUUUGGGAUGCGAUUUAGUGAGGAGGCCAUUUCGAUAUUGCCCUCUUGUCAGAUAUGACCAAGCUGAGAAAUUAUUUUCCAUGUUGAACAUUGGGAAUGAAAAGAAUCGUAUGACUGAAACAUGGCCCAAUGAAAGCUUCAGACCAAGUGUCUACACGUAUUUGUUCUUUACAGAUAUCCAAGUAAAGACAAUUUAG